AUGGGCCUCGCUCUUCAUAACAGCAGCAAUGCGCUAGAAUCUCUUUCCCAGGGCCCCUCGCAGGUCACCACCCGCCCGCGCCCCCGGGCACAUUACAGGGGCGCUUUCCUCCGCGCCGACGGCUCCCUCUCAUUAAAUCGGGAGUACGCCGACCAAAGACUUCACCUUCUCGACCUCGUCCUACACGCAAAUCACCAGAACCGAGUACAACGGCGUCGGCGAACGUGUCGACGCCCUCAAAACAAUCGCACCGUUUCGCAAUGGCGCUCCGACGAGACCGCCGAGGGCCGCGCGAUCGCGGCCCUCAGCGGUGUUAGAGUUCCGGGCGAGGCCCCACAACUCCGCCGUACCCCGUCGCUGGAACGGCAGGGUGCCUUCCGGCUUCCCGGUACCACCAAAGGUCAGAUGGAUCAGGAACAGAGAGAUGUCGCCGAGCUGUAUCGUCUUGGCCUUCUUUAUGACGAUGAAUAUCUUCGUGGGGAAGGUUUUGAGCUGGGUUCGAUCGUGCAUGAUGAGCCUGAGUUCGCCAUGCGCCCUGCUAAGCGGGCGCGCAGAACGAGGUCUCAGCGACGGUCUUACGAGGAUGAUCUGCAGCUGACGUUGGAUAUUUCUCUCGCCGAGCUUGGUCGCGAUGAGUCUUUUGCGCGGUACCUUCUUUCUCCCGAUUUGGACGAGCCUCCUUCCGACGACGAGUCUACACUUGAGCGUUUGCAUCCUGCGACUGGGCUCAUCACUCCUCCCGAAUCACUCUGCGGCGAGACUCCUGACUUAACCUCCGAAUCCGAUUUCGACUCCCAAAGUUCUCUUAGUUCUUUUACCAAUUACGAUCAGUGUACGACCAACCAUCCGAGGGAUUGGAGCGAUGGUUCGAACCAGGAUGUCUUCGAUGAUGCCUGGAUGGUGCUGGGUGACGGCUCGUAG